CCAAAACGUCACAUGCAUGACAUCUAUCAGCUGUUCUUGUUUUGAGGUUAUGGGAAACUUUCUAUAUUUUACACAAAUUAAGACAAGAAUAUUCGCACGAUGACGUUUUUAUCAUAUGCUUCAAGAAUAUUGAGGCAAGGCGUUUCCUUGCGAUACCCUUUAUCGUGUAAUAACUGUACAAAUAACGUGAGAAAUCUGACUUCAAAAUCGGUCACUACUAAAACGAUUCAUGAUGUAAACACAAAUGUUGCUAAAGACGUUAUUCUGUUUAAAUACGAGAAUCCGAAGUUUUACCAAUACAUGAAUCUAUUCGCCGUGAUUCAGUAUAUGUUUUGGAGUUACCUGGGUGUGUUUGCAUUCACGACGUUGAGGGACGCGCCGGUCGACCAAUCCAAAAUAAACGAAGACACGCCGUGGUACAGGAGGAUAAACCUUGGAGAAAACAAGUAUAGAAAUACAUUAGGAGCCGUCGCUAUUCUUGUUGGUACUGGUUCUCUAGGAAUGAUAUGGAUGUAUACACUGAAAUCAGUUCGGUACCUGAUUCUCAACAAAGGAGGGAGACACGUGACAUUUGUCACUUACGCUCCGUUUGGCAAGAACAGAAUGAUGACUGUGCCCUUAGAAAAUAUCUGCUGUAAGGAAAAUAGAACAAACGCUAGAGUGCAGUUGCCGUUGAAAGUCAAAAACACUUGGAUGCAUUACAUGUUGGAUAUGAGAGGAGAGUUCAAGAAUCCGUUGCUGUUUGAUUCAACAGCAGGUUUGGCUAGAAAAUGGUAGUUAGUUUAUAAAUAAUUUCAUGUCCUUCAUAUGUAGCUCAUUGCCUCAACACGAGCAUUUAAAAACCACCUAAACUAAGGAGUCAGCAACAGGUUUUCAGAAAUUUGAAAAAAUAUUACUACAUUUUCACAAGUAAGUGACAAGUUUCUGAUUCAGAAACUUGUGAAAAUGUAGUAAUAUUUUUUCACAAAAAUGUUUGACUGAAAGGAUUUUUUUGAUCAUACACUCAUACCCAUUCUAGAUAUAUUUGUUGUGGAUUUAAAAUUGUUUUCCAAAGGACUGAGUGGAGUGCAAGAAUAACGGUCAUCAUGUAAAUAAUAAAUGUAAUUGAAUUACAUUAAUGUAAUGUAAU